CGGGGGCCUAGGCACGUAAUGGUGACAGAGACGGCGAUGAAGGCUGCUUUGGAGUGAGCGGUUAUUUCAGCGAGGAGGAUGCCUCGGUCGAGUGACACUCUGUGGGACAUAGCUUUGGCUGAAGUUUCUAAAAAGAACGAAAAUGAAGAUAAUGUGGAAGCCAGGGAAAGAUCUGUAUUUUUCUUGGGAAAUAAGAGUGGGGGGAAAACUACAAUAUUACUCAGAUUUCUUGACAGAGAUGAAAUUUCAAAGCCUACGUUAGCUUUGGAAUAUACUUUUGGAAGAAGAGCAAGAGGACAUAGCACUCCAAAAGAUAUUGCCCAGUUUUGGGAACUAGGUGGUGGAACCUCUCUGUCUGACCUUGCCCAGAUUCCAAUCACUGUCAACAACAUAAGGAGCCUUUCUGUUGUUUUGGUUUUGGAUCUUUCCAAACCCAAUGAACUGUGGCCGUGCAUGGAGAAGCUACUGAGUGUGACAAAGAACCAGAUAAAUAAAACCAUUAAUGAACUAGCUAAAAAAGAUUCCAUUAAAGUAAAUGAAAUCAAGCAAAGCACCUGGAAAAUGUUGCAGAAGGAUCAUCCGGAUUGGGAACUUGUUGAUCCAUUUCCCCUUCCUCUAGUUAUAAUGGGAAGCAAGUAUGAUAUUUUUCAGAAUUUUGAAUCUGAGAAAAGAAAAGUAAUUUGCAAGACACUGCGUUUUGUUGCUCAUUACUAUGGAGCUUCACUGUUGUUUUUCAGCAAUAAAUCAGAAAGUACAAUAUCAAAGAUGCGAACUGUCCUGAACAAUUUGGCAUUUGGCACUGAUAGAAGCAAAACAAUAUCCGUAGAGUAUAACAAACCACUGUUUGUCCCUGCUGGGAUGGAUUCAUUGAGUCAGAUUGGAUCUCCACCUGCUGCUGAAGUUGAAUUGAGCAAAAUUAGUGCACGAAAUCCAAUUGAUCUGUGGAAGAAAGUAUAUGAGAGGUUAUUCCCAUGUGAGAGUACCAGAGAAAUCAAAGAGGUUUUGGAUCCAGCCAAGGACCCACGGUAUGCUGAACCUGAAGUGGAUGCAAUGAGAACACAAAAGGACCAGGAACUUGAGCAUUUUAGAAGAAAUGCUUCUAAAUUAUGGAAAGAAAUGGAAUUUGACAUACGUGGAAAAUAAUUGAACAUUAAGUAUGUAAUGGAGCAUUUUUGAUUCAAACAAUGAAUAAUUUGUGUAAUUCAAUAUUAACUUUUUGGCAGUUAUCUAUAAAGGGCAUUAAAGAGCCAUUAUACUUGUAUUAUUUUAACACUAUUGUUUGUUUUGUAUACAAACUUGUAUUGCACACUUCAGUUCUAUUUUGAUAAUUUAAUUUCUGUUCUCCCCUCAGUCUGAUGGUAAGAUCUGUAAAGAUUUGUCUAUGGAAAAAUUGAUUAUGUACUUUGUAUAUUUUUAUGCCAUACAUUUUAAAUAUGACUGUAUUAGAAAGGAUAUAAAAUAAAAGGUGAUUAGAACAAGGUGCAACUUGCCUGUCUG